GUCCUCGGGUUUGAGAUCGACGCAGUGAACUCCGUCCAGUUUUCCAACCACACAGGCUACGCGCACUGGAGCGGCCAGGUGCUGAACUCCAGUGAGCUCCAGGAGCUGUACGAAGGCCUGAAGCUCAACGGCGUGAACAAGUAUGACUACGUGCUCACGGGGUACACGAGGGACGCAUCCUUCCUGUCCAUGGUGGUGGACAUCGUGCAGGAGCUGAAGCAGCAGAACUCACGGCUCGUGUACGUGUGCGAUCCCGUGAUGGGCGACAAGUGGGACGGCGAGGGCCGCAUGUACGUCCCCGAGGACCUCCUUCCCGUGUACCGAGAAAAGGUGGUGCCGGUGGCGGACAUCAUAACCCCCAACCAGUUCGAAGCCGAGUUGCUGAGCGGCAGGAAGAUCCGCAGCCAGGAGGAGGCGCUGGCGGUGAUGGACGUGCUGCACUCCAUGGGCCCUGACACUGUGGUCAUCACCAGCUCCGACCUGCCCUCCCCUAGGGGCAGCGACUACCUGAUUGCGCUGGGCAGCCAGAGGACACGGAGGCCUGACGGCUCCACGGUGACACAGCGUAUCCGCAUGGAGAUGCGCAAGGUGGACGCCGUCUUCGUGGGCACCGGGGACCUCUUCGCCGCCAUGCUGCUCGCGUGGACACACAAGCACCCCGACAAUCUCAAGGUGGCCUGUGAGAAGACUGUGUCAGCCAUGCACCACGUUCUGCAGAGGACCAUCCGGUGUGCCCAAGCCCAGGCUGGGGAAGGACGGAAGCCCAGCCCGGCCCAGCUAGAGCUGAGGAUGGUCCAGAGCAAGAAGGACAUUGAGGACCCCGAGAUCGUCGUCCAGGCCACCGUGCUGUGAGGGCUGUGCGUGCGCACGCCUGCCCGACACCCACAGCCUGGUGUCUCCGUCUCGUCCCUGUGAAACCUGUAACGUCUGCCUUAGAGCCUGACCGAAGCCCAACAUUCGUCCCCUCGUGAGUGCCGGGUGUCGCCCGUCUCUGUCGUGAAAACGUGCCAGUCGUCCCUGCUACAGAAGCACAAGGCAGCCUGGAACGUGGUGACGUGACGCGGGCCCUCCCCAGGCCCCAGGCUCAGGUGUCCUGCGUGGGUGGUGGCCCCUGGUGGCAGUGGCUGGCCCGCUGCCCUGCAGACCCUGGCAUGGGGCCACUGGCUGCCGUGGCCGCACAGAGCCCUCCCACACAGGCUGCCGGGUGACCUCUGAUGUCAAGCGGCGUCUGGAAGGAUCACGCCAACCCCUGUGCUGUCGCCCUGGUCUCCGCCUCUGUGUUCCUGCGUUAGAGUCCGUGUCGUCAUCUGCUGCCCCUUGGGUGUUGGAGGUCCCCCAGUAUGCAGCCGCUGGACCAUGCAGGAGCUUCCGGUCUGCACGCUCAGGUGCACCAAGGUGUGAUCACCACCAUGGGGCCUUUCUGGAGCCCCGCGUCCCAUCGGUCUGCAGACCUCACAGGAUGCAGCGGGACUUCGUGUGACUGGGGAGCAACUUGUAGGGACCUGCCUGCACCGAGAGGGACGUGCUGAUGUGAUGAGGGCAGCCGGGGAGGCCCCCACACUGGGCUGCCUGGGGGAACUUGGGUGCAGGCCGGCGGGCACCGUGCCUGUCACACACUGCUGGUGACAGAGCACUGAGCAGGAUGGAGUGUGCACCGGCAGGGACGGGACAGGUGGCACCUGCUCCCGAUGACUGCUGAGACCUUGCCCUGUCUCCCUCCCGCGCUGGAGCCAGCUCCAGCCGUGUCCCUGUCCCAGUCGCAGUCACCAGGGCACGGCUGUGUGUGAGGUGCAAAGGUUGCUCUCCUGGGAGCGCCCACCUGCAGAGCAGUGGGGCCAGUGGGGCCAGCAGGUGCCCAGGUCCCUGCUCCGCGUCCUGGGCCUCCCUUGCUGGGGAUGGGGCUCUGGAGCUUGCCGCACGCCAGUCAGGGCCACAGCAGUGCUCCCUGGCCAGGCCCUCGGCCCCAGCGUGCACAGGUGAUUCCCUCUGAGCCUGGGACGGAGGAGCAGCUGGGGAGGGGAAGGCGGGCCGGGUGCCGGGCAGGGCGGGGCAGCAGCGCCCCUCUGUCCCUCUUGUUCUUUCUGCUAUCUGUCGUCCUCCCUCUUCCUCUUUUCCUCUCUUUGCGCACAGAGAGUGACUGUGGCACCGUCCUGGGGGCACACAGUAGGUGUGGGGACAGGCGCGAUGUACUGGUCCCUGAGGGCAGGGCCCUGUCUGAUGCCAGGUCUCUUAAGCCUUGUUCCCAUGUCACACACAGAGGACAAGUUCCCCUCUCGAGAGCUUCAGGUGGAGCCGUGAACUCGGGCUCUGCCGGAAGCUGCUGAUUUCCUUGGCUGUGUGUCCUGGAAGACGGAGCAGGAGGGACUCAGGCCUCAGAGGACAGCUUGGGUCUCCGAGCCUCUGAGAGCCAGGGACCUGGGCAGGAACAGUGUUAGGGACGGGAGUGCAGCCCCAUGGGCAGCCCUGCCCAGCACCACACCCAGAAGAUGGGCGGAACUCAGGCGUGCACUCCCUUAGAAGCGGCGUCCACCUGUCCCCGUCCCGCUCUGCCUGUGGGCUCUUUCACAUGGCAGCGCUGAGGUCCCGGCUCCCCUGGACUCCCUCGGGCUUGUUUCCACAGGACAGUGUGGGGUCCACACGCAGUUUGCCACCCAGGAGGCCGCGGGCGCUGAUAGUGGUUGUGGACACAGCUUGGAUCCAGAUCAGAAUCAUCCUUUGCUUUUACUGUCCAUGGUGACACACAAAAGAGUAUAACUUAUCUUGAAAUGAGAGCUCUCUCAGCCCCUGUUGCCUGCUUAUUCUUAGGAGACAGGAUUUUAAUACUUUCUUAAUCCAGACCGUAGGAAGGAACUAAUGAAUAUGGUCUUUUUUAAUCAAUUUUAAAUCAUCGCCUCAUCCUGCCCAGGUAACUGCGCCUCAACCGAUGCUUUUCCACUUUUAGUCUCGGUCAGUGAUUGCAAGCAGGACGCUUCGUUUCCUGUCCUGUUCUUAAAGUUGUUGGAACCAGUUUUCAAAACACUUAACUGUACAGUGGACCAAGCAGGCUCAGCCUUGUGCACUGCCCGGUGAAAGAGGCUGCUUUGCAGCGGAGGGCGGCCUGCAGUGCCGGGCACCCCGCCCCGUCCCGUCAGUGCCCGUGUCGGAGCUCGGGUCUCGCUGUCACUGAGGGAGGCCGGCCUCGGGAGGGAGGCUGCUUGGUUGCCGGCUCUGGGCAGCUCCUGACGCCUUGGGUCAGCCUUGUGUCCUCUCUUCCUGGACAAAGCACAGGAUCAGGAGGUGACAGCACUCUGGCUCCUGGAACCCUUCCCCGUGUCCUCCCUGCCCUUUCACAGGGUUACCUGCUUGGGGACAUUGGGUCCCCAUCCAUGCUGCUCUGAGGUAUCCCGGGACCAGCUGCUCCCCUGGGCCUCUGUCCUGUCCCUGUCCUUGGGGCCAGAAAAAGGGGCUGGCGCUUGAGGCGGAGAGCACAGAGCGCUGGUGUGGCUUCUUGGGGCUCCCUCUGCCCCCGGGGUGUCGUCCCGGAGGUCCUUGGCACCUCCCACUGCCACGCAGAAGAGCCCCCGAGUUCGGCACAGAGCUGCAUGGGAAGACCCCGGGAAAGCGGGCGGGGGGGUGGGUCGGCCUCCAGGAGGCCGGGCCCUCGGUGUGCAGGUCCCGCGUGAGCUCCUGGCCAGGGAAACCUUGAACUUGGGCAUGAGGGGUGCAGGAUCGUGGGUCUUUCCCUAACUCUGGUUUCUCUUGCUGUGCACUUCCGGCCCCACCAGCGGGGGCGCCAUGAGCCCAGAGGUGGGUGAGGCGGAGCUGGGUCCCUGGCCCACCUGGUAGAUUUGCCCUCUGCUGCCCUUCUUGGGGACUUUGGAAAUGUUUGUUGUUUUUGUUUUGCCUUUUGCAGUACCAAGGGUGAACCGAGGGAGCACAGAGCUACACCCUAGCACCCACUGAAUGUUUUGCUGGGACCCCCAGGCUGGCCUUGAACUUGCGGACCUCCUGAGUGUGCCUGUGGCCAUGUGUGUGCGGGAGACUGUCUAGGUUUUUAGUGUGAAUUCUUCUGUGUCCCCAAGCUGCACUCUGAGCCGGCGCGUGCUCCCCUCACCCCCUUGGUGUGUCCCCUCGGCCCCGGAGGCCCUGCCUGCUCACCACCGGGGCCCCUUGCCCACCGGGCUCUGUUCGUGGCACUGCUCUCUGCUCUCCAUGCACAAAGCCUGGCGACAGCGGGUCUCACACCCCAGUCGCCGUGUGGUGCAGCCGCUGCGCUCUCUGCUCGGGAGGUGGGGCUGACAGUGAAACUGAAAUCUCCGGUGAAUGAAAGUUGUAGGGCCUAGAGGUGUUUUUAUUUUUUAAUUGUCUGAAGAUACAAAGUGUUUAAAAAGAUCCCAGCUGCCUGACCCAAGCGGGCCGUCUUCGCGCAGGACCCCAGGCCGUGUGGUGACCGGGCCUCUCCCCUCCCCCAGCUCCCUACGGCUGUUUCUCGUCUUCUUGCAACUGGACAGCACCUUGGGUGGGAAAGGCCUUCCCUAGCCAGGGGCAUGCACCUGGCCAGUGGCACGGCUCUGCAGCAGCCAUGCGGAAGCUGGUCCGGGGCAGAGGUGAGCGGCAGCACCCGUCCCUGCCUGGAUCCGUGGCUCCUGAGGCCCUGCGCUGUGUUGUCACAUGGGACUCAGCUCGGCCGAGGAGCUUGUGUGCUGGGGCUUCCGGACAGGAAGUGGAGUCUGCCGGUGUGCCAGAUCCUGCUGGUGUGUCCCGGGGGCACAGCCGGGGCGGGCGAGUUCCACAGCACACCUGGGCCCAGCGUCUGAGUGUGGGCUUGGGGAACGGAGGGGGCUCACUCACCCCCGCAAGCUGCACAGCCUGGGUGGGGCUUAGCUGUUUCCAUCCCAUCCCUGCAACACUGGACCAACGGGACGGAGGCUGGUCCUUUAGGAGGCCCCUCCACCUUCUAGCAAAGCACACGUGGCCGCAGGCCCUGCUGCGGCAGUCAGGCUCGGGGUCAGGGGUCAGGGAGCCUCCGCGCCUGCCCUCCCCGCCUCCCACCCCACGCCCGCGUCUGUAAGUGUGACUCCUCCCGCGCUGCUGUGUAGCCUUCUCUGUGUUGUGCUGGUCCCGUUGACUUCUGUGAUUAUCCACAAAUAAAUAUUUUCAUGCAGCCGUG